AUGUUCACUAUCUUGAUCCUAGCUGGAAGUGUGAGCGCAAAUGUAAACGAGAGAGCUUUAACUAUUGAUCGAAACGAUAGAGCCUCAACCAUUGGCGUGGUUAAGCAGCUUUCCGAUGCAGGCCUGUAUAAGCGCCUGAAGAAAGACCAGACGCUCUUUCAGGUGGUAAAAACUUCGGAGACAGAAACACGUAUGAAGUUUUUAAUGGAUAGGAAGUAUGUGAUCAUACCGGAUGACAGACACAGGAUGUCAUUUGAAGACGAUGAAGAGCCUCCCGAAAGGUUAGAUAUGACAAAGACCCAUGUAUAA